GCGGUGUGCAGUCCAAAGGCGAGUUCUCGCGAGAAAUCAAAACAUAAACGAGAAAGAAGAAUAAGAAUAAAGGAAGAAGACAGUAGCUGCUUUAUCUCCAACAAGAAAAUGGACACGCGGUUCACUCGAGGGAAAUCCAACAUCUUGGAGCGACCCCUGACCCGACCCAAGACGGAAGUCAGCGUGAGCGCUUUUGCCCUCCUGUUCUCAGAGAUGGUCCAGUACUGUCAGAGCCGCGUGUACUCCGUGUCUGAGCUGCAGACACGCCUGGCAGACAUGGGCCAGAGUGUGGGAGCCAGCAUGCUGGACGUGCUGGUGCUGAGAGAGAAGAACGGGAAGAGGGAGACCAAAGUGCUGAACAUGCUGCUCUUCAUCAAGGUUAACGUCUGGAAGUCUCUGUUUGGGAAGGAGGCUGACAAGCUGGAGCAGGCCAACGACGAUGACAAGACUUAUUACAUCAUAGAAAAGGAGCCACUCAUCAAUGCGUACAUCUCCGUGCCCAAGGAGAACAGCAGCUUAAACUGCGCCGCCUUCACCGCGGGCAUCGUGGAGGCCAUCCUCACACACAGCGGCUUCCCUGCCAAGGUCACUGCCCACUGGCACAAAGGCACCACACUCAUGAUCAAGUUUAACGAGUCAGUCAUAGCCAGGGACAAGGCUUUGGAUGGCAGAUAAAGAAGACUGGUGAGAGUGGGAGGUUAUGUUAUUCAGUACAGGUUGAAGAUAAAUCAUCCAGGUCCGGGCUGUAGUGUUUGUUCCUGACUGAAUUUCCUUGUGGGGUGACUUUAUGGAUGGAUGGAUGGAUGACUGCACCACACUGAGCCACGCCUAGAGAGGAACACAUGCAGCUAGUUGGUUUAAUCUUUAAUGUUUUUGUGGAUCAUCUCACUCCUGUUGCACCUCAUCAAGUGACACAAAAUUGUUCACUUUUGAUUUGCAGUUUCACAUUUUUACAUUAAAGAUCAUUCUCUAAAGAUUAACAUAUUGAAUAAAACUUUCACCCCA